GGUCACGCCGGGACAGCUCAGCCUUUGGGAGCCAAGCCCCCGGCGGCGCUGAGAGCCCCUCCCGGCGGCUGUGCCGGGUGGGCGGCGGCGGGCAGGGCCCCUGGAGAGCGGGAAUCGCCUCUCUGGCUCGGCGUGUUCCAGAAAAUGCUCUGAACCUGAACUGGACAGCGCCCGCUGGAACUAAAUCUGCCCGACGAUACUCCUCCUUCAGCCAGAGCCUGUUUGUGGUGGGGAGGGCACCUCUGCGAGGGAUGGGCUCGGAGAACAGUGCUUUGAAGAGCUGCACCCUGGAGGAGCCGCCCUUCACACUGCCCAGCGGCCACACCCUCUACCCGGCCGUGCUGCAGGAUGGCAAACUCGCCUCCGUGUUCGUGUACAAGCGGGAGAACGAGGAGAAGGUCAAUAAAGCUGCCAAGCACCUGAAAACCUUGCGCCACCCUUGCCUUCUGCGCUUCCUCUCCUGCACUGUGGAAGCAAACGGGAUCCACCUGGUUACAGAGCGGGUGAGGCCCUUGGAGAUCAUCCUGGAGACACUCUCUGCUGCAGAAAUCUGUGCAGGGAUCUACGAUGUGUUGCUGGCACUCAUCUUCCUCCAUGACAGGGGAAACCUAACGCAUAACAACGUCUGUUUGUCAUCCGUGUUUGUGAGUGAGGAUGGGCACUGGAAGCUGGGAGGAAUGGAAACAGUCUGUAAAUUCAGUGAAGCCACCCCAGAGUUCCUCUGCCACGUGAAGUCUGUGCGAGACCAGUCGUGCAUCCCCUGCGAGGAGAUGUCUGCAGACUUCAAAAUCCUGCCCAGCAGCUACGGGCAUGCGAGGGACGCCUACGCAUUUGGGACAACAGUUGAGAAUCUCCUGACAGUUCUCAAUGAUGAGGUUUCAGCAGAUAUUCUCUCCAGCUUUCAGCAAACCUUGCACUGUACACUGCUGAACCCAGACCCAAAGUGUCGCCCGCCACUGUCCAGCUUACUGUCUCACGAGUUCUUCAGGAAUGAUUUUCUGGAAGUUGUGAAUUUUCUGAAGACCUUAACACUAAAGUCUGAGGAGGAGAAAACUGAAUUUUUCAAAUUCCUGCUGGACAGGGUGGCUGGCUUGUCAGAGGAGCUGAUAGCAACACGGCUGGUGCCUCUCCUACUCAAUCAGCUCGUGUUUGCAGAACCUGUAGCUGUCAAGAGUUUUCUUCCUCAUCUGCUGGGCCCAAAGAAAGAGCAAAGUGGGGAGAGCCAGACCAGCUGCCUGCUGUCUCCAGCCCUGUUCCAGGCCCACGUGAUCCCUGUGCUGCUGAAGCUGUUUGAGGUGCACGAGGAGCACGUGCGGAUGGUGCUGCUGUCUCACAUCCACGCCUACGCAGAGCUGUUCUCCCAGGAGGAGCUGAAGAACAUCAUACUGCCACAGGUGUUGCUGGGCCUGCGGGACACCAGUGACUCCAUCGUGGCCAUAACCCUGCACAGCCUGGCCGUCCUUGUCUCCCUGCUUGGGCCUGAGGUGGUUGUAGGUGGAGAAAGAACAAAGAUCUUCAAAAGCUCUGCACCAAGUUUCAUGAAAACUGCUGAUGUCUCCCCAGAAGGUUCCCCCAGUCACGUUGUGAGCAAUCAGAGAAACCAAACCUCUCGGCCCCUGAAGAGCAGUCCCAGCUCGUUCCCCAGCUCUGCAAAUGCACCUGGCAAGAAGCUUCCUGUGCAACAGGACAAUCCCUUACCUUCAAAGACAGGUGAGCAAGGCACUCAGCCCCCCCUGAACGGAAUUCCAGGAAGCAUUAAUGCACUGGGGAACAGCAGGAGCUCUAAGACUACCUCAGAAAAGCCAGCAGAGGAGUGGCCAGACUGGAGUGAGCCAGAGGAGACGGACACUGAGAAAACUGUGAACAUUCAAAUUCAGCCCCAGGAGCUGCGGGGCAGCGUGGGACCUUAUUUUGCUGAUCAUAAUGUAGAUGAGAAGCCUUGGGAUGACCUUGAACCCAGGAGCCCCAGUCCUAAACUGUCCUCAGGAAAGUGCCCCACUGUGACACAGGCUGAUGCAGCUGAAAGGCCGAGGCCUGUGCCAGGUACCCAUCAACUGAGCAAAGAAUUCAAAAGCCUCAGACUGAGUCCCCCCACCAAGUCUUGCCAUGGGAACAGCUGGAGCAAUGACAAGUGGGACCAUGAGGAACAACUAGGAGAAACUGUGUUGCCAAAAUCCUUUCAGGAAAGGUUGAAGUCUUCAUCAGAGUCUGGCCUGGGAGAAGAAUUCACCAUCAAAGUGAAGAAGAAACCUGUGCAAGACCCUGAGCUGGACUGGUUUGCUGACAUGAUCCCAGACAUUAAACCUUCUUCCUCCCUCUUGAUUUUACCUGAGGCAAGGACAGAAGCAGUUGUUCCCACUCAUUUGGGUGGGGUUUCCAGCAGAGAAGGUGCCGCCCAGACUGUGCUGUUUUCAUCCAAAUUUGCAGCAGCUGAUGUGAUUGAGGCUGAAGCUACAGGCUGGGGUGAAGAAGAGGAGUUGAACUGGGAAGAUGAUACAAACUGGUAACAGUUCUGAACGACACCAAGGCAAUUCAUAGUGUGUUGGAUCCUGUGCCAGGAGUUGCUGCUUCCCCAGUACAAUGGAUAAAGUACCUCAGCACUGCUCUUGCCACAAGGCAGGCACUUGCUGCAAAGCCACGAGAUCCCCUGGGGCCUGAGCUCUUGCCAGGAAUGCUCCUUCCCAGUCUGUGCCAAAAGCUGCAGGGGUGAGCCUGCACUCGAGCAGUAGGCCCAGCUGUGGUGCUGCCACUGCUCCCAGCCACAGGACAGCGUGAUGGAGGUGAUGGUGCUGAUGUGCUACUGGAGGCCAAGAGUGGCAGAGGAGAUUGACCCAGAACUCACCCCUGCCCUGAAAAACUGCUGACAAUAAAUGAAAGUCACACUGAGUUUCUUGGUUAAUG